UAUCUCUUCGUGAACAUUUUCAUUUGCUAAUUGCUGACGAGUCUCGAUUUUCAAGCUAAACUCAUUUUUUAUUUUGACUUCUACCAAGGGAGUUAGUGAAAUCUAUGGCUUCAAUUGAUCUUAAGGUUAGUAACCAUAUACCUAAUGAUCUUUUAUUCUCUAUUUUGUCAAAACUUCCUCUAAAGUCUAUUCAUCGAUUUACCUGUGUUCGUAAAUCAUGGGAUCUUUUAUUUCAAAAUACGGAUUUCAUGAGUGCAGUCCGCAAACAUUUCCUAUCUAAAUAUCAUUCUUAUUACAAUGAUACAUGUAUCCUCUUGAAGCAAACAAUACCGAAUUAUGAAUAUCAUUGCACAAUUUAUAUGCUUUCUGGUGAGAGGUUUCAGAAUAAGGUAAAAUUAGAGUUGCCACUUCCAUUUCAAGAUGACGACACAUAUAUCAAUAUUUCGGGUUCUGGUAUUAAUGGAAUUCUUUGCCUUUACCAAGGAGAAGAUCAUAGAACAAUUGUAUUGUGGAAACCAACUACUAAUGAGUUCAAGGUCAUUCCUCCUAGUCAUGUUUUUUCACUACCUUAUGUCAUGACUUUGACUAUGAUUCAUGGAUUUGGUUAUGAUAGUAUUAGCAAUGACUACAAAUUGAUUCGACAUGCCCAACUUUUUCAAAGUAAUGACUUCGAUGCAUCUGACAACAUUUGGGAGAUUUAUAGUCUAAGAAGUAACUCUUGGAAGAAACUUGAUGUUGAUAUGCCUUGUCGUGAUGUUGAAAGUGUUGAUGUGUACAUGAAUGGAAUGUGCCAUUGGUGGGGACAAACAAGUGAUGAAGAGUAUGUGAUUUCAUUUGAUUUAAGUGAUGAAGUAUUCCUUAAAACACCAAUACCGCUAGAAAUGUAUGAUAGUCAAGAAUCUGAAUGGGUUGAGAGACAUUUGGCGGUGUUAAAUAUGUCAAUUGCUCUAAUAUCAAAUUAUGCAAAUAAUGCAUCUUUUCACAUAUCAAUUUUAUGUGAAAUUGGUGUCAUGGAAUCAUGGACUAAAUUGUUCAUUGUUGGACCCUUAAUUGGUGUUGAGCAUCCUAUUGGAGUAGGAAAAAAUGGCGAUAUAUUCUUCAGAAAAGAAAAUGAUGAAUUGACAUAUUUUAAUUUAAUCACUGGAGUUGUUGAAGAUGUGGGUAUUCAAGGAGAGUCACUUCGUUGUCAAAUGGUAAUUUUCAAGGAAUAUCUUCUACCGAUGGAAGAAUAAAUUGUUUUUAAGUCCAAGUUUAUGCCAUUUAUGGCAGAGGUUUAUUAGUAAAAAUAUUUAGGAUUAUCUAAGUUAUUUUUUUUUGUUUUUUGUUUUUGUUUUAAUGCUAUGAUAUUUAGAGGAAAUUGACCCUCGUAAAUUAGAGUUUGACUUGAAUUUAAGUAAAAUCUGACCAAGGAUUUUUUAAGUUGAUUUUACAAAAUCAUUUAAUAUUAUGCAGUUAUUGUUAUUUUCUUUGAAUUAAA